AUGUUCCAUUACUAUUUACAGUUUUUUUUCAUAUCUAAAAGUAAAUUCUAAAAUGGCUGGUGAGAGGACGCCGAUCUUGGCCUCGUCGUCAUCGUCCUAUCUGGGCUCCAGUUUACCAUAUGAAGUAUUGGUGGAUGAAUGUGAUGCAGAUGAGCUUCCACCCCUGCAAUUCAUAAAUGAAUCAGGAGUUGGGUUUGCAAUAAAAUGCAAAGUGUGCCAGAAAAUUUUGGACCUUGAUAGUCGAACAGACUUUUAUGUGAUCCAAUGUGAUGCCUGCCAAGAAGCCACGCCAGUGAAACCAGCUCCAUUUGGGAAAAAGUAUGUGAGGUGUAAGUGCAAGUGCCUGCUCAUAUGUAAGGCUGGCUCAAAGAGAGUCGCCUGUCCAAGAAGCAACUGCAAAUUAAUCAUGUUGCUGAGUAGUUCAGGUGAUCAUCAAACGAGGCCACUGCAAAAUGUUGUGAGGGUAACGUGCAGUUACUGCAGCCAACAGUUCCUUUUUUCAUUCGUCGACAAACGUUUAGCAAGAUGUCCACACUGCAAAAAAAUUUCCAGCGUUGGUGACCGCCACAACCGAAAGAACAUUAUAGGCUUCCUCAUUGCCAGUCUCCUGUUCCUUGCAGCUGGCUGUUUCUUAUUGGGUUUCACAUUGAACCUCCUACCCCAAAACAAGGGCUUGAUUGCUGCCUACGUUGUGCUGUUCUUGGUUGGGGCAUUGCUGCUGUUACGGGUGUAUUUCUACUGGAGGAUUAAAGUGAGCCAGAUUGACUCAACUACAACAUCUAACAAUAUACGUAGUCCAUCCAUUGGGGAGGUCAUUGCUUGAUUGAUUGGUUGAUCGAUUAAUUGGUUGGUUGAUUGAUUGAUUGAUCUAUUGAUUGAUUGAUUGACUGACUGACUGACUGACUGACUGAUAGAUAGAUUUACAAGUUAUUAACAAAUAUUAUUUUUCACUAUUCUUAUUUAUUGCUAUUCAAUUAUUUAUUUUUGAUUAUUUUCCUCCAUAAAUAUUAACAAUUUUAGAUUGAGAUGAUUUAUUAUUUCCUCAUGUAAUAUAUUUAAUUUUUUUUAAUUUUCAAUAACGAAUGAUGAUGAUUAUUUAAAAAUGCAGUUUUAAUUUUUUUUUGGGGGAUUGAAGUUUGCCUCAAGCAACUGUAUUAUGUAUUACGUUAACCUGUACAGUGAAUUCAUUAUCAAUAAUAUUUAGAAUGUUUAAUCUAAAUUUUUGUUUGAUCUUUCUUGGCGUUGUGUUGUGUCGAUUCCAUGACUCAUGCAAUUAUCUUCGCCUCGAUUAAUUGAUUAAUUAAGUGAUUAACCAUCCAUCUAUGCAUUUAUAGUUUCAAUAUUUUGCAUGAAAAUAAACCCUUCAUAUUGUAUACUUUCAUUCAUUCAUUUAUCCAUAAAUGCAUUCGUCUAUUCAUACAUUCGUCUCCAUUCAUUUAUUCGUUCAUCUGAUCUUAUAGAUAGAUAUGUGGUGUUAUCCAUUUUACAUUUUCAAUUUAGUUAUCUAAUUUAUCUUUCUCUUUGUUUGUUAUCUAGUUUUCAUCUGUCUGUUCAGCCGCUGAUCUAUUUCUACAGUAUUUAAAUUUUCAAAAUUUGGAGGCCGUAAAUAUAAUUAUGUGUGAUAGUGUAAGGAUAUAUAUAUAUAAUAUAUAUAAGAGGGAGAGAGAGAUUAUCAAUAAUACCUAUAAUUUAAUAAUUAAUGCUUUUGCUAUGUUUGUCCGAUGUUCUUCCUAUAUUUUACAAAAUUUCAUGUAAAUAUUGAUCAUGUAUGAUUGUGAUCAUAUAUUUAUUUAAAAGCUCGCCAAUAUUGCUUACUCGUUUAAACGUUUACUACAUUUCAGUUUAAAUUGAUAAAGUAAUGAAUUUUCAUUUAUCUAAGUGAGCCGUUGUUAUAAGUUAAAGAAAGCUACGACUUCAACAUAGUCUGUAACUUAUUCUGUAUCCUUCAGACUAGUUAAGACACUUGCACAUUCAUACAAUUGGUUACAGACGAAAGAUACAAAAUAAGUUAUAGGUUGUAGGUUACCUCGCGGACGACAUUUCUUCCUUGGUGGGAAUUCAAUUCCUCCUAAAAAUCAAUCAGUUGUUAACUUUCACAUUCUUCUAAACAACAUUUGAUUGAGACUUAUACUACAGCGAUAUUUGUGAUAAUUGUCUUAUCAUCGAUCGUCAUUUUUGUUACUCAUAACGUUAAAAACCUUAAAUACACACACAAAAACGUACAUACAAAUAAAUAAUGUUCCCAAUUUAUUACAAAUAUAUUUAGCCCGUACAAAAUUUUGUUAGUGCUACUUAUUUUCUGAGUAUAUUAUGUUUCAUUUGCGUUUUUUUGAAUGAUAAUGUUUAUAAUUAUGUCUGUUUUAUACAGUA